UGAGUGUUAGAUCAGACGAUUCAACCAUACUUUUGAAGAUUGUCGAAUUUUUCGUUUCAAGUACCAUCAAUUAUAUUAAUCCGCUUGUCUUUCAGUUGAUCUGUCGAAGUCCCUACGGUACUACGAACUUUUGGAAUCUAAUAAAGUUCAGCGAAGACUGUCCAAAAGAAGCAUUUCUUCAUAUGGAAGACCAUCUUCAAAGAUUGUCGAGGAACUAGAACUGAAGUUUAAGGCGUUCAGUAGACAAUUUCAUUUGCAUCUCAAACCGAAGAGCGAUCUGCUGUCUCCAGACUUCACGGCCUACUCUGUCGAUGGAAACGGUUUACGUGUGCGCGAAACCGUAAACGUAGACGAAUUUUUGGGCGGUUUCGCAGAAGGAAUAAAUUCAUCAGUUGUUUCCAUGCACGUGGAUGAAGAUGGUGGACUUAUCGGAACGCUUUCACUUCCUGAGGAUACUUUCGUUAUUGAGCCGGCCUGGAGACACAUUUCAGGCGCCAGUCACUCGGAAAGUAUCAUUUAUCGAAUUUCGGAUAUGAAAAUACAGCGUCAUCCACAAGCCAACAGGGCCGCCGUCGUCGACAAGCCCAAGCUAUGGAAUUCAAAAAGAAUCGCUGCAGCCUUCAACUGGUCGCAGACUAUAAGUUUUACAAAGGAGUCGGCGCUUCAAGCACGGCCACCACCAUCCGUUACUUAGUA